GUCGUAGAGUCCCCAGCCGUUCUGCCCAGCACUACCUGGCAUUGUCCUGCGACACGCACACAAACUCGUUCCAGUCGGAGAGGGCGCUCGCUCCCGCAGAUGCUCAUCAAGCCUUGCCGUCCGUGAGCCCCCUGCGUGUCCCCACUGCCAGAGGCCUUAAUUUGAACUACUGCAGCUGGCGCUGUGCAUGCUCGUUGCCGUGAGCUUUCUUCUUCCUAACGUCUUGUUCGCGCUGUGACGGUUGCUGGCUGCUAUAUCAUGCUUCUUUGUUGUUGCUCGCCAGCGUCAUCAUGUCUACCGAGGUCUCGCAGUCACUGGCAGCCGCAAUAUCGAGACCUCAGAUCGGUAUCGACCGCCUGCCAGCCCGCCGGGUCUCGAGCGAGCCGCGAGAGGCCAUGAAUUGCAAGAGCUGUCGUAAGCGAAAGAUCAAGUGCAACCGUACACGGCCAACCUGCGAAGCCUGUCAAGUGUUUGCUGUUCCGUGUAUCUACGACGCAGUGCCCAAGAAGAGAGGGCCCAAAACUGAUGUUCUUGAGGCUCUAUUGAAGCGUGUUGAUGGCCUCGAGAAGCGCCUCCAUUCAGAAGGAAAGAGCGAUGAGCUGGUCGAGGAGCUCUCGUCUGCUAUUCACGAUGCCGCCGAUAACUCCAAAGAUACCAAAGCAUCACCAAGCACGCAGCCUGCUGUCGACAUAGCCCCAAACCAUGGCAACGCACACCUUGCCAACCAGUUGAUGUCGCCCAUUGAACCAAGCAUACAAACACCAGCGCUUGCCCCAGAUCUACUACUCGACACCUACUUUGCCAGAAUACACGGAAAGCCCUAUCAUAUAAUAGACGAGGCAACAACACGACAGCGGUUACAAGCCAACCAACUACCAUCACAUCUAGCCUUCGCCAUUUACGCAGUAAGCGCAAGAUAUGCACCUCAUUUCGGCGGCUACAAUGCCGCAGUCCGAAUUGGCUCAGAGUACUCGCGACGAGCACGCAUGGAGCUGGACAUCGACGAACCCUCAAUUGAGGCUCUUCAAACAUUGAUGCUACUUGCGCAGGCAAGCUUCCAAUUGGGCAAGGGCAAGAAGACAUUCAUGUUGCUCAAUGCGGCGAUAAGCAUGGCAUUUGCCCUUGACCUCCACUGCGAACUUCCACAGGGCAUGAAAGUUACACUCGCUGAACGAGAAGGCCGACGACGAUUGUUCUGGUCUUGCUACCUCAUGGAUCGAUUUGCAGCCACUGGCUCCAAGCGCCCCUCCUUAGUACCGGACGAAUCGAUCGUACUCCGCCUACCCAGCUGGCAGCUGCACCCCGGCGCAAUGCUGUUAGAAGGUGACUACUUCCCCAACGGACAAAACCUGCAAUACAUGGGUGGCUCUGGAAAGGGAGGACAAGGUAGCAUGGGUAUGCUCAUUGGGAUAGCAAGGAUCCUUGGGAUAACAAACCGCUACCUUGCGGCCGGAGGGGUCAAGGGCGACUCACACUUUCCCUGGCAUUCACUCUCAAACCUCUCGAAGAUCCGCCAGGAGCUUGACAUCUGGGCCUCAGAAACGCAGGACACUUUUACCUCGAUUGAGGCACUCUUUGGUCAACCUGACAGCACCAUCCUGGUUCUCUCGAAGCUAGUGUAUCAUCUGAUAUAUUGCUUGAUCUACCGCCCAUUUUUACCGGUUGAUCUGGCUGAACUUUCGGGAACCUCACAGCAUCAACCCUGGCAGAUUGAAGCAACGAACUUGUGCUUUCUACAUGCUAAUGCGAUCGCCGAACUAGUUGAGAUAGGGAGAGCUUCCUCUAUCAUCGAUUGGCCGGCUUUUGUAGGCUACUGCGUGUGCACUGCUGGUACUAUUCACGUACAUGGGGCGCACUACCCUGCAAGGGAAGGAGAGGUGUUCUCUGUCAGCGCAGAGUUUCUAUCUCGUGAGAUGCAGCAGCUUUCUGAGUUACGUUUCAUCUGGGCAGGUGCGCAGCAUCAGCGGGAGACACUGCAGACCAUUUACGGAUGUCACACCGAGCUCGUCACUUCGCUAGCCAGCAACCCAAUGCGCUUUUCGCCGGUAUUCCAACUCGAGGACUUCUUCGAUAGGUAUCCAGGCCAAGUGUUCGAUGGAUCGCAUGUUACCUUUACUGAUAUCCAGGUCGAAUCCAUCCACGAGAGCCUUGCGACCUACAACAUCGAGCAGCGCAACAACAUGUAUAUGAGCAGUGGUAUAGUUGGAAACUCUCACGGUUACCAACAACAGCAGCCUACUCAGGCACAGCAGCCACACUAUUCGAAUGGCCAACCUAACAAGAGGCGCAGAGCGACCAAUUCAAAAGUAACACCACAGAUACAAUCGGCACCUCUGCCGACACCUACAUCCACCACAUGUCCUCCGACAGUCAAGACUUCGCGACCCUCUGAUGCCGGUCUUUCCCAUACAACUUCGAACCCAAGCCCUGGCGAUACAAGUGUCAACGGACCGACGAAUCCUCCUCAUCCACCUUUCACACCACCACCGAACAACAGCACGAUGAACAUGCCGAGCACGACUAAUGGUGCCGGCAACGGCCAGGGUGGUGGUCUCGCCCUUCCAUUCAGUCCGAACUUCUCGUUCUCGCCACUGCCGCAAUUUGCAAGCCUGGCACCGUCGCCAGUGCCUCGCGCGGCGCACCUCAACUCGAACAACGACACAUCAGUAUCGCAUUUCGAUCCGAUGCUCAGUAUGCCCACACCCUACGACCAGCAGCCGACACCAGGCGCUGGUAGCACGUCAGGCGCGUCGGUGCACACAGAUCCAGAUAGCAAGGAUCCAUUCCUUAGUCUACUGGAGCAGCUCGCAGAGAAUGAGGUUAGCCGUGGUGGGCCCAGCGAGCUGGACUUCUUUUUGAGUGGGCAGAGUGCAUGAAUUCUCUCAACUGCCUGAAGAGGAUACACCUCCGCGACAGCUUCCGCGGUACAUCUCACCAGCUCCCCGUUGCAUCAGAUCGAUAUCCACAUUUUGUCAUCAUUUCACUUCAGUAAAUAUUGUAAUAGCUUUGAAAGCUACAGCACGGCAUUUUUAGGGACACCACAGGCUGGAUCAAAAGCCCAGGUAUCGUUAUCAACUUUUCGGACAGCAGCGAGGCGCUUAGGAAUUUUGGAAGCCGGUGCAUGAAUCAUCGACACCGCACCAUGGGAUCACGUACAGGAAAAACGGUCUUGGUGAGCAACCAGACCACUACCACAUCAUAUUGUGUUUGUAUAAUGAGAGAAUAUCAUCACCUCGCAGCAACUUGCAUUGCGACGCAUUUUAUGUACCUACCUACACCGGUGUUGCUAGUCCUGCAACCCCAAACCUUCAAGCUCAUCAAGAGCAGAUCCAUGGGUACCCAGGU